AUGCGCGAGUUAUCGAUAAACCCCGCAAGAUCUCAGAGUGCAGAACCCGUUCCACAGUCGCCGGUGAGGAGGCCGCAUCGGCGGCGCUCUUCCGCACCCGACUCUCCAUUUGGCACAGACUCCCUUUCCAGUCGCGAAAAGGAUUCCUCUAACCGCGAGAACCGCCACUCCCGUCGUCAACAAUCCGCAGGCUCGUCCCCCGCUGCCGCCGACUACUCGGCCAAGGAGCCUUCAGAUGGAAGCUUCCGCCGCAGCCGCCGUCGCUACAAGGUAUCCACCACCGGAUCCGAGUCACCGGCACGGGAUUCCCCCUCCGUUCCGAAGCAAUCCCGCCGACGCAAAUCGAAGGGGGAGACUGGCUCCGCCGCAUCCGUAGCCGUCGGGAUUCCUUAA